AUGUCUGCUACAAUUUCUACUCUUUUAACUCAGCUUCUCGGACAACUUUUGUCUGAACGUCGCCUCACCGACUCUGUGAUUUCUCCCGUUGCCCUCAUCAACACCUACGGUACUCCACCCAAAAAGUGCAAGCUCUUACUUCGUCGUCGUCGGAAAUCUCUUCGCCAGGGCAGCUUACCCUCUCGCCGCUUCUCGGUUAUGUUCGAAUCCAUUGUGUUGGAAUUUGACUCUACACAUACUCUCGAUGCUCCUACGUUACGUAUCAUCUACCUUCGAGUCAUGUCGUCAAAAAUCCCAAUCGCUAUCGAAGAAUCUCUGUCUUUGGAUGAAACACUAUUGGAAUCCGCCUUUGCCAAUUUGUCAAUUUAUUCUAGUUCAGCCAUUCAACCCACUUCUGUCACAAGCAAUACCACCUAUGAGAACGUCGAUCCAAUGGAAAUCGAUGCUCUUAACACCAGCUCCCACUCUCAUUCGUCCUCCCGCUCGGGUAAAUUUCAACACAAGAAAACCCGUGAGAAGUCCGAUCCGAUGCGUCUUUGGGCCUCCGAUGGUCAACCUAUCUGUGGUAUCUGCAAGAAAGUGGGACAUCCUACCAAGAAAUGCUCUCAAAACCCUGAAUCCACCCAAUUCAGACAGGUGCAUAGUAUGUCUGCUGCAAAAACCAUCGAAUAUGCUGCCAUCCCUUUGAAAUAUGAUACCAUUGGGACUCAACAUACAGCCGCUAUCCAGAGCAUUGACCCAGUCCAGGAAUGCAACAAUGUCGAUCUCAGUAGUGAUGCUGGUGCCAGCAUUUCAGCUGUUCCUGCUACUAUCGCUUCUGGUCUUGGUCUUCAAUACGAUACGUCAAAAGCUGCCGCUUUUACAACCACCGAUAACAAAAACGUUUCCUCUCUCGGUGUUACCUAUGUCAAAGCCAUGAUGGGUAAUACUCGGGUAUCAGUUGCUUGUCAUGUUGUUCCCAACUUGGCACAUGAAGUAAUUUUUGGUUAUCCGGAUCUUAAGCGCCACAAGAUUCUCAUCGACACCAAUACUGACGAGAUCCGCCUGCCCAAGUCCAUUUCAACUUUGUCACCUUCAACACCCGGCGUAUGUGCAAUGGUCUCAUCCCUCCGCUUACCUGGUCACUCACACGCCUACGUUGACUUCUCAGGUCCUCGAAUGACAUCCGCCUUUAUCUCAACUCCUAAUGACACUGUCAUGAAAAAGAGGCUUUCCGUCGCUGCCGGUGUUGCGAAGUUUAAUGCAGAUGUUGUUGCUACAGUCAAGUUGGCUAAUUUAGAUAAGAAUUUUAAACAUGUCACCCUAAAAUAAAUCAGCAAUCAAAAUGUUUUUUUUGAUCGAUAUUGGCGAUAUCGCUCAAAAAAUCGAAAAUAUCGAUAUCUCCGAUAUUUUUGAUUUUUUGAUCGCUGAUCGCAAAGCCAAAUUUUCAAAUCUCUAUAAAAAC